UGAUCCUUCAGGUGUCAAUGUUUGAUCAAUAAGUUGUCAGAGAGAUUCUAAGCUAAACAAAUGGCAAAUAUUAUAACUCCUAAAAACAGUUCAAGAAAUAUUAAAAAUUCGUUUGAGAAGUUCAAAGACGAGGCCAGAGAACGAAAAAGAAAUAUUUUGUACUUAAUAUUAGGCUACCUGAGAGAAAAUAAGUUAGAUCUUACCGUAAAUACUCUAGAAAACGAAGCAAAAUUGGAUCAUAGGUAUCAAAUAUGUGAAAAUGUCGAACUCGAUGUAAUAUUACAAGAAUAUCAAAGCUAUUACUUCACGAAAUUUCAAAAAUAUCCCAAAAUCAUUAGAAAAUUGGAGGAAGAUGAACAAAAAAGCUUAAAUUAUAAGGAAAAAAGAAGUAAAAGUGGUAAAAGAUUGGCUCCAUCGUUCAUUCCAAAAAAAGAAGUUACCAUUCAAAAGAACGACGGUCAGCAGACAGAAAGCGAUGUAGAUUUUCAAUUUGACAUAGUCUCUCUUAAUAAAGAAAAUUCCGGGAACAAUAAAGAAAUAAACAUUCCAAAAAGGAGCAUUUUCAAGACCGAAAAUCCCGAAACGGAAUACCAUUCUCAUCUUGAAUGUGGAGACCUAGUGAACCAAAUACGUAGUCAGAUAAUAACUGACGAUACCAGAGUGAACUGGGAGGACUGUCUAGGUCUAGAAGGCGCAGUAGAAACAUUAAAAGAAGCUUCAAUAUACCCUUUCCAUUACCCAGAACUGUUUAAAGACAUAAUACCAUGGAAGGGAGUUUUGUUACAUGGCCCCCCUGGGACAGGUAAAACUCUAUUGGCAAAAGCACUGGCUUCAGAAUCUAACGCUACGUUUUUCAAUGUAACUAACAGCGUUUUUAUAAGCAAAUGGAGAGGGGAAUCCGAAAAACUGAUAAAAUAUUUAUUUGAUUUAGCCAAACAUCACGCACCGAGCGUAAUUUUCUUUGACGAAAUCGACUCUGUGAUCUCCAGCGUGAACGACACUCAACACGAAGCAGCUAAAAGGUUCAAGAGUGAACUUCUAGUCAAUCUUGAUGGAAUCAUUUCAAAUGAAGAGCACGUAUUAAUUCUAGCAUCGACAAAUUCUCCUUGGGACCUAGAUAACGCAUUAUUAAGAAGGUUUGACAAGAGAAUACUAAUAAACCUGCCUAAUAAAGAGACUAGAAUUCAAAUUUUAAAUCAAUACCUAAAAAAUUCAAAUGUAGUUAUCUCCGAUCAGGAAUACAUCGAGUUUGGAAAUUUAACAGAAAAUUACUCUGGAUCUGAUAUAAAGAUUUUGUCUAAAGAAAUAACCAUGUCAGUUGUAAGGGAGAAUAUCAAAACGGCACAGGUGAAUCGCUUGAAAGUUAUUAAUAACCGAAAAAUUGUAUUUUCUGAUGUGAAAAUGGCGCUUCAAAAAACGAGACCGUCCGUCAACUCUAUUGUAUGCAGAAAAUAUUUUCAAUGGCAAAAUGAACACGGUUCUAUCUAAUGGAAUUAAAUCAAUUAUACAUGA